UUUCUAUUUUCUAGUUGACUAUGGAACCACAGACAACCAAUUGGAAAACCCCAAGUUUGGAACUGCAAUGGUUUACGUGACUGUUCUACGCGACCUCUCGCCACCAGUAGAUUCACCAAGCUGCCGUUCUCAAUUGACCUCAACGAGCAGACCACUAUUGACACUAAGUCUUUUCUUAGGCACCAAAUCAUGUACAGCAUCAUUGCCAGCACCUCCAGAACAUUCUUCUCCAACAUUAACCCCACCAACGGUGAGAUCAGGGUCAAAGGAGAUCUUUUCCAGACCGGUGUCUCCGUGUUUGAGCUGCAUGUUGUUGCUACAGACCAGGCCUUGCAGCCAAAGUCAGCUACAGCGACAGUGUACAUCACCAUCAUCCGCAACCAGCAUGCUCGAAUCUUUACCAACCAAGAGGGAUACACCUGACUACUGGGCUUUUGGUAGAGACCUCUUCCAGGCGACGGCCAUCGAUGAUGACCCCGACGUUGUGCUGAGUCGAAACACUCAUAAUGCUGAAUUUGACUACUUGAUCGAGCCAGAUGAAUUGUACGCUGCACAGUUUUUCGGAAUCAACAAAGAUGGUAUUCUCUAUGUAAAAGCCAACAUCCAGGAGGCUGACAAGAGAGAGGAAUUCAAGUUUUACAUAGUUGCUGUUGACUGCAGCUGGAAUCCUCGUAGUAACCGAGCCCUCGUUACGAUCUCUGUGAAAUACUCAAGUAUCAGACAGGAGCUUGGAUUUUCCCGGCCUGAGUACAACCUCAAGAUUGUUUAGUUGAACGUCAACAGCAACCCGACCGUCCUCACAUCACUAGAUGUAACCAACACUCGCAUUGAUGGAAAGGCUGGCUCUUACAUCUUUUAUUAUUUUUAGUGUUUAUAUGCUGUACAAAUCUAAUCAAAUUCAUGGUUGAAUUGUUAAUUUUAUACUUGAACUGAUAAGGCUUUAUAACAUUAUUUGCAUGCAAUUUCCAUAUGAUUUACAUAACUAUAGGCAUAUAUCAUUUUUGAGCAUACCCAGUGUAAAAACAUUCAAUACUAAUUGCCAUAAAAUAAUACCUAAUUCUGUGUCAAAAUUAAGCUUUAUCAUAAUUUUCAACACCAUUUUCUUUAAUCAUCAUUUUGCAAAACACCAUCUUAAUUAAAAAAACACUCUCAAUUGAAGAGCUUCAUUUCAUUGUUCUGCAUGACCUAUAAAGCAGUGAAAUUUAAUGUUCCUUGUUCUGGAUUGCAAUCCAAUGAUAAUUAUUACAUAAGUAUCAAUACUUUAAUUCCUCCAUAUUUUCCUUUACUAUGUUUAUAUAGCAAUGUUCUGUACAGCAGCAUAUUGUAUACAUCUUGCUACUAUUCCAGUUCUGUAACAGAUAUCUUAAAUGUUCACUGCUUGCUCAAUAUUUCAUUACCAAAUGAUAAUUUUCAAAUAAUGGUCAUUAUAACACAUGUCCACCUCAAGGCACCACUUGGUAACACCAUUAAAGGUUAAAACAAUUUGCUGCUGAUAUUCGUGAUCCACUUGUUUAUUUGUCCAAUAAUACACACUUGAAAUUAAAUCUUUUGUUCAA